AUGAAACCAGAAGAAAAAGACGCACAGGUUUUAAACAUUAGAAAAAGCAAAUUGUUCCUAAAGGCAAUUCAAAAUAAUGAGACGAACUUUGCUCUCCCGGACGAUGACACAGGACUAACCUAUUUACUAGGGGACAAAAAGUACACAUAUGAUGAUAAUACGCCUGAUCGACCGCCAUACUUUCCACGAAACAUACGCCAACGUGAGAAACGUAAUGUAUAUAAUUGGGAUAUCCAGAAAACAGGGUUGUAUAUUGAUCGUGUGCUUCAGUUUCUUGAGGAAUUUUAUUAUACGGCGGGUGAUGAACGUGAAAAAGAAGACGGUGGAGAUCGUAGUCUUCAACAAAUAAUUGAUCGAGACUCACAGAAAAGAGAUGCAAUUAAGAGUAACAUUGAGAAUGAUAAUGAUGAAUCCUUUUUAUUGUUGGAUAACACGGAGAAAUACCUGCGUGGAUUUCAAUAUUUAUACGAUUUUGAAACAAAGAAAUCAAAAAUACCCGAUCGACCCGAUUUGGUUUUCACGAAUGGAUUCGGGAUAUUUGUGAUUGUGGAAAUGCAGAAAAGAGCACCGAAUAAAGGUAUCACAAAAAAAUGGCAAAAGAAGAAAAAUGAUUUUUAUGAGCAUAAUCACGAUGAUGAUAUCGUUGCGGUACUUGGAGCAGCUUUCAUUGCUAAGACUACUACUGAUUCUGCAAUUGAUACUGUGUCUUCUGGUGAAGAUGGAGAUGGUGGUAAUGAAAGUAAGCUUAUAUUUCUGCAAAUGGAUAAGAGAAUCGCUAUGAGCGUUGCUAAAAUUGCUAAGGGUCGUGAGAAGAAACCAAAUGGAGCAACUGAAGCUUAUAAUGAUCCACUCGAGAUUGAUCAAACCACGAUAAAUGCAACAUCAUCACCAAACAUAGAAGGAAGUCGCGAAGCUGAAGAGAAAACUACUAUACAAAAUCAUACAAGAACGAGUUCAAUUAUAAAAGACUUCGUUGAGCUGUUG